CCAAAAUCCAUAGUGAAAGUAUUUCAGCGGCGUCUUCAUCAGAGCAGUUAGUUCUGCUGGAAGCAUCAAAAAUUGUGUGCAAGGACCCGGAACAAUUCAAGAGGUUAGACUAGUUUUUUUUCAAUCUUUUUACAUUUUUGUAGAUACAUUUUUGUAGCACCAGGUCCAGCUAUGAGGAGUAGGCUUUUACCAGAAACUGAAGCAUGAUUUUUCUUUGUCAAAAUCAUAAAAGGCGUGUUUUCACAGCAAAAGAAAUAUCCACAAUUCUGCCCCAAAAGGAAUUAGUGUAGCUCAUCGACGUGUUAGCUUUUGGAGUCAGAAAUAUAGCAGGCUAAUUAACUGAUAAGAAAGUGAAAGGGACAACACGAACUUGGAAUUACUACUUUGCAGCAGGGCGCAGAGAAAGAGGUGCUGAGGGUGAGCAGGCUUCAUCAUUAUGGAAGAAAAUGCUCGCCGAGACCCAGAGCGCCCAGAGGACUCCGGCGAGGAGUCCAACCGGGCAAUCCGACCUCUCCUCCCACCUGGCAACCAGCAGUCCCACCGGAUCACCAACUUUUACAUCGACAACAUUUUAAGACCGGACUUUGGCCGAAAGAGGAAGGACGGGACUCUGGUGCAGGAUGGAGACUGUCUGGGAGUGAUCAUACGAAGAGAGGAGCAGACAGGGAGAAAGUCUUCCAAAACUGGCAACCCGCAGCAGGGUGGAGCAGGAGGCGAGGAGGAGGAGGACGACACGGGAGCAUCCGACGACCAGCAUCCGGACACUGAGACCAGGAGGCCUGACCUGAUAGCCGGUGAUGUGGCCGUGAAGGGUCGUGGGGGCGGUGGGGACCGCUGCAGCAGCCCCGAGGCCGGCUCGGCCCCUGCGUCCAAGCCGAUGCUGUGGCCAGCCUGGGUUUAUUGUACCCGCUACUCAGACCGUCCGUCAGCAGGGCCCAGAUCCCGCAAGCCAAAGAAGGCCCCGACCCCGAGUAAAGAGGACAAGCGGCCCCGGACGGCCUUCACCGCGGAGCAGCUCCACCGGUUAAAAACUGAGUUCCAAAACAACCGGUACCUGACCGAGCAGCGGAGGCAGAGCCUCGCCCUGGAUCUUGGCCUUAACGAGUCUCAGAUCAAAAUCUGGUUUCAGAACAAACGGGCCAAAAUCAAGAAAGCCACCGGAAAUAAAAACUCUCUGGCGCUGCAUCUCAUGGCGCAGGGACUGUACAACCACGCCGGGUCCAAGGAUGGCAAGUCGGACAGCGAGUAGAGGGGGCCCGGGGACCGGAGGGGGUUCUGAACCAUGCAAUAAAAUCA